AAAUUUUAAUCAUUUAUCGUAAACACUUCGAACAUUUAUGGUAAUUAAUUUAAACAGCAGUUAAACCGAUACCUGUGAACAAGCUUGCAAUCGUGCGUAUUAUAAAAUAAAAGGCUUAACCUCCAAGUAUAGAAAAUGAAAGAUAAAUCCGACCGUGGCAGACCUCAUGUACUGAAAGAUUGCGAGUGUAGAUACUGCUCAAAAACUUUUCCACGUAAAUCAAAUUUGAAAAAGCACAUGAAAAAACACUUGGAUAUAAGGCCUUUUCGAUGUAGUGUAUGCGUUAAAAGAUUUAAAUAUAAAAAAAGUUUGGUUCAUCAUGAGAAAUUGCAUACAAGAGAAAAAAAGUUUCAGUGUGAAUUUUGUACUCGAUCUUUUAACAACAUUGCAAACUUUAAUAGACACAAAGCAGUUCACGAGUCUGGAGCAUCUUUCUUUUACUGCGAUACAUGUCAAAGAAAAUUUACGGAUAAACACAAACAUGAAUUGCACAGGAAAUCUUAUCUGAUAGAAGCACGUGACCGAAACAAACAUGUAAAGAAAGAAGAAACACCAGCAGGACCUUCUUCAGCUCAAGUUGUGUUUAACUUCCAUAAUUACUGUCUUUCACCGACUCAAACUCCAAAUAAGAUAAAGAGAAAAUCAAAAACUUCCAAAACUGGCAGUUUGGAGAAAAAAGUAAAACAAGUAAAAUCUUCCUCAGCUCAUAUUCAGGAAGAAGUGAUGAUAGAAGCAGGACAAUCUUCAGCUCAUGUUCAGGAAGAAGCGACGAUAGAAGCAGGACAAUUUUCAGCUCAUGUUCAGGAAGAAGUGACGAUAGAAGCAGGACAAUCUUCAGCUCAUGUUCAGGAAGGUGACGAUAGAAGCAGGCUCAUGUUCAGGAAGAAGUGA